AGAGAGAGGGGACUCCAGUUUAGGGACACAGAAAAGAAUGGGGUCCUUGUCGUUGGUGCUAAUUCUUCUGUCUCACGCCUGCGCUUUGAGUGCUUCAGAUUCAGGUCUCCACAAUGAUAACAUAUUUAUCCUGGCCGGACAGAGCAACAUGGCUGGACGCGGUGGCGUUGUUAACGGAACCUGGGAUGGAAUUGUCCCUUCCGAAUGCCAACCCAACCCAUCCAUCCUCCGACUCACUGCCGGACUCACAUGGGUGGAAGCUCGAGAACCCCUCCACGCUGACAUUGAUGCAAACAAGACAUGUGGGAUUGGACCUGGGAUGGCCUUUGCCAAUGCCGUGUUGAGGGACCCUGCCUUUGGGAUUGUGGGCCUGGUUCCUUGCGCCGUCGGUGCGACCAACAUAAGCGAGUGGUCUCGCGGGACUUAUCUUUACACCCAGUUGGUGAGGAGAGCAAAGGCGUCCCUGCAGCAUGGUGGAAAGAUUCGAGCUCUUCUCUGGUAUCAAGGAGAGAGCGAUUCUAAGAGUCCGGAGUAUGCUAAGUCCUACAAGGGUAAAUUGGAGAAAUUCAUCCUGGACCUGCGCACUGAUCUGCGGUCUCCUAUGCUACCAGUGAUCCAGGUGGCUCUAGCAUCAGGAGGACCAUUUAUAAAGAUAGUGAGAGAAGCUCAGCUGGGAGUUGACCUUCCCAACGUGACAUGCGUGGACGCCAUGGGACUGCCCCUAGAACCUGAUGGAAUACACCUCACCACCCCGGCCCAGGUUCGACUUGGAAAGAGGUUGGCCAGUGCUUUCCUUCAGACCGUGCCCACGCCCAUCAGCAAUAAUACUUCCAAAAGGUCGGGAGCUUGAGUUUAAGGAUGUUGAGUCCUCAUUGUUUAGGAGGUUCGAUUUUUUAGUAUAAUGCAAUGAUUGACUUGGGUAUUGCUCAGUUUGAGCUUAGCUUCGUACAUAUAGUCCUUUAUUUUAGUUAAUUUUUAUGUUUCUCAUUGGCUUACUACCUCUAGUUUAAUGGAACUUUCUCCAAUUAAGUAGACACUCAAAUUAUGUUUCGUA